AUGUUAGCCGACUACACAGUCGGGUUUGAAGACUCUCUCCUUCCUCCCGAUGACAACAGAGAAUCAAGUGCAGUUCCUCAUCUGAAGUUGGUGAUCAUUGGACAUGCCGACUACAUCGUCCCCAUCUGCCCAGGAAAUACACUCCGGGAUAUCGUGGUGACCUUUCUUGACCCUUUUGUGGAUGAAAAAGUGCUGCAACAGAUCAAGAGCAGAGAAAGAGAAACUCAUCACUCUAGCCACUCUAGAGCCAGCUGCAACAAUAACCAUUGUAGUGACUCGAACCCAAUAGUGCCAGUUCAACUGCAGAACCAACUGGGUCACGUGAUCUGUGACUGGGACCAGGAGGCCAUGCGGUUCGUUUUCCAGACUCUUGUUGCCAGGGUCAGCGCCACGCCAAGUACAAAUGAAUAUACAACAAUGACACCUAACGGGUCAUUGCCAACAUCUCCUCCGUCAGCAAAAAACAACAACAUUUCAAGAUCUUCCAGCAGCAGAAAUUCCUUCCUUGCACGACGGGUGUCCGGAAAGAGACCCUCAGGAAGUCGUCAACAGCAUUUGACUAAACAACAGACAGUUGGAGGGGUUCCAUAUUCUCAAAACUCCAGCUCGAAUCAAGAAAACAACUCAGGAGCAGGUUUGAUGGCGCCUUCUAGCAGUGCCACGGCCGGGACGUCGACAACCAGGCACCACUCCAUGGCAAGAAGGGGCAGUCUCAUUCCCCUGAUAGGUCUGCACACUUCGAUGGGUCCCCUGAUCGGAAACGAGUUUGGGCAGCUCACCCAGAUACACACCUCGAUGCAGCAUCAUAACUCGGUCUCUGUGGACGACGAGAGGUGCUUCAGUUUGAAAGGGAGAGGAGGGAAACUGCAGCAGAUUUUCAGUCCGAAGGAGAAGGACACGAUGGAGAAGAUGCGGGACACUUUGGACCGAUUCCUGCUGGACUCCUCGUCCUCUUCCUUCUCUUCUGCUCCUGUGGCUGACUCUUUUCUCCAGAACAGACCAGACAUCGAACAUCAGGAAUUCAUCAAGGUUUCAACUUGGCAAGACCUCAUUGCCAACAACCCUGACCAGGAAUCGUCGAUGAGCAAGAAAGAGAAAGACUAUCAGGAGGCUAUUUGGGAACUUCUGAGGAGCGAAGUUCUCUACAUGGAAAAACUACACGUGAUCUCCGAUUUGUUCAUUUCCGCACUUGAAGAGGUGCACAGUGAACACAUUUUAGUCGAAGUGAACAAACAGAAGUUGUUUGGAAAAUUGGAACAGGUUCUGGAGGCACAUAAAUAUCUGUGGCUCAACUAUCUCCAGCCAGUUGUUCAGAAGGCCAGAGAUAGAGAAGAACUGAUUAAUGCGACCAACCUUUGUGAAGGCAUUUUUCAGAUUAAGUCUCUCUUUGUGCCGCAUUUGUCGUACAUUAGGGAACAGGAGUCCUGCACACAGUAUGCAAGGAACAUGUACAAAAGAAACGAGAUCUUCAAGUUCUUCGUCGCUUGGUGUGAGAGCCAGAGGGUGUGUGAGAGACUGAAGCUGACGGAUUUGCUGGUGAAGCCGAUGCAGCGACUGGCCCAGUACCCCCUCCUCAUCCAGGCCAUCCUCAGACACUCCCCCUGCGAACAGGAAAAGCGACAGCUGCAAUCAGGGAUGAUUUUGGCGCAGCAGUUCUUGUUCGAUGUGAACAGUACUCUGCGGAUACAGUCGGAGCAGGAGAAGAUUCUCUCCAUCCAGGACAGACUGGAGCCAUUCGACCUGCAAGACAACCACUUCCAGAGCGAAGAGCUUAACAGGGCAGUGGAAAAGUACUCUAGAUUUGACCUGUCUACAUACCAAACAUCAUCUCCAGUAUCACCCGCAUGUCCAGAUAUGCAAUACGACUAUAUCAACAAACUCAACACAUUCGAGUCUUCUGCCAACGGAGAAUCAGUUUUGACCUUGUCUUCAGACUCUGCAACGUCGCCCUCGAACCAACCCUCCUUCAGACAGUUGUUGAUCGAGGGACCGUGGAGGCUCAAGGAGGGUUCCAGGGGAAAGAUGGAAGUCUACACAUAUCUAUUCGACGACAUUCUUCUUAUCGCCAAACAAGUCAACAAGAAGAACAACAAUCCAAUAUCAUCUUCAUCAUCAAACAACACCAACAACAAUAACAAUAGCAAUAUCAACAGCUCAAAAUUACGUCCUGUGCACCCUCCAAUGAGAUUGUCAAACCUAGUCGUCAAAUCAGUGACACCUGCCAAUCAAAAUGACCAAAAUGUGAACUCAUUAAGCCAGAACCAAUCCAAUAUCAACUUGACCUCUAACGAGGUGUCCUUGACCUAUAAUAACUCGCCACUUCCUGCCAAUGCCAACUUCACUCUGGUGUAUCUGAAUGAGUGCAAUAUUGCAAUGUCUGCAUUUUUGGUAAACGUGGGGUCUCCGAGUAAUGCUCAGACGUGGAUCAAUGGAAUUAACAACGCAAAGAUUCGUCUGACAUCUGGUCUGGAAAGCAGUUGGGACUCUACAAGCAGCAACGAAUACUCGUCUAUUCAACGCAAAUCACUAACAAAACAUCACUUACGUAGCAAGACUACAUUUCUGAAUACGACUUCAAAUAGUACUGAAGACGAAACUGAUGACUCAUCAUUACACGUGGACAAAGGCACAGGCGGAGGAAGCUUGACUUUGAAUGGAUCGGCGAUCAGUCUGAACUCCAACAUGAAUCUGCCCAUGACCCCCCUCACGCAUCACAGAGCACCUCCGACCACACCGCAGAUCCCUCCGAGAAUGAACGCGAACGAUGGCAGCACCAAAGAGGAAAUAGAAUCAGACGUCUCGCCCAUUCCAUUCGGAAGCGGCAGUUCUCCCAACCUGAGCGUCGACUACCUCAGACCCCAAAGCACUUCUACUCUGUGCAGCGGCAGAGAAUCCGAGACGCUACGACUCCCGAUUGGCACUUCAAAAGAACGGCAGUGUUCGUCCCCCAAUCUGUCCCCACCGCCGUCGCCCAGACUUCAACUCAGUCCCAUAAAUCUAUCGCCCAAAAUAUCAUCAAUGUGUCGAAAACUGAUGUUGUCGAACGAAAACAACAGCGAGCCAAAUAGCAGUGGUCUAACAGGCGGAGGAUUCUUUUCUUCCAAUGGCCCCUUCGGCAAGCAGAGGUCGUGCAAGUUUCCACUUCCCAGGAGAAAAAUAUCGGACAGUGCUGUCCCCAUUUCCUACACUUACCGCCCUUAUCAACAUCCGCUAUCUUCCUCCGCUAACUGCGGGCGAUCGUCGUCUUCGCUAAGCUCCGUCAACAAAUCACCGACAGGUCUUUCUAAUAAGAGUUUGGAUUCUAUCGGAGUAUCAAAUCGGAGUUCCAGAGAACAUGUUCUGGAACUAGACGGAUACCCUUUACUAGACAACCAGCCGGUCAAACCCACGCGGCAGAGAAAAGCGAACCUGUUUACAAAGCCAGGCUAUUCGCAAUUAGAUGAACCAUCAUGCAACGACACAGCUUACAAUGCUAAUAAUCGCUAUGAUGAUGAUGAUAUGAAAAUCAAUGGCUGCACUACGAUCGUCAAUGAUCGAAAAAUUAGCUCCGGCCAGAGAUUCGAAAUAGCUAUCAAUGUUCAGAGUCCAAAGGGUAACAUUGUUCAGAAAUGAAAUUUGCAAAAAAAAAACAAAACUAAAUAAUUCCGAGUGUUCAAAAACCAUCCGAAGUAAAAUGAACCGAUAUAAUCAGACUAUAUAAACCGGCUAAAAAUUUUGGCAUUUGCGAGGUAGUUUUCACAAUUUUACGUAAACGUUUAACAAAUGUUUCAUAAUGGUUAUA